GUAAAAAAAAUAAGUAGUAAGUCAAAAUAAUCGGAAAAAAUUUUUUGUACUCCAUUAUAAUUAUGUUGUCUGUACGAAAAGGAACAACAAAACGGUGUUGUUAUGGAGUAUGUAAAAGUGAUACACGAUACAAAUCAUUUAAAACCAAUAGAUUCUAUUUUAUAAAUUUUCCAAAGCCUUGUCUUGAAUAUCGAAAAAAAAUAAUCAAAUCAUCAAGCAAAUUACACAUUAAAGCAUGUGUAAAAUGUGCGAAAUGUGAGUUAUGGGUGAAAAAAUGUGGCCGAAGUGACCGAGGUUUUAGAUCUAUUGAUGAUGUUACUAAGGAUACUUAUAUUUGCUCACUACAUUUUCUUGGAGAAAGUGGUCCAACUGAACAAAACCCUGAUCCUUUAAGCUAUCAAGAGUUUCAACAUAUUGAUAAAUCAAUUAAUAAGGUGCUCAAAGCAAGAACCAGCUUAUCCGAAAAAUACAACAGAGUUGAUAUGGAAAAAGCAAAUGGAUUAGAAUAUAGAAAAAUAGAUGAUAUUCUACCAGAUGCACAGACAUCAGUGUCUCAUGGAGAGGUUCACAACGUAAUUGAUGAUAAUACUUGUUUUGUUGAACAAAUAUUACCAGAUGAAACGUCAGACAUGAGUAUGACCCUUGGAGAUAUAAACCCUGAAGAAACUAGGAAGCAUACAAGAGCAAUAGAAAUUCAGACAGAUUCGUGUUGAUAGGAUGCACUCCUAAUGGAUGUGUUAGUUUUGUAUCUGAUGCAUUUGAGGGUUCAAUAUCGGAUCCAGAAAUAUUUAAACGAUCAAAAAUAGCAGACUUAUUGCAACCUGGAGAUGUAGUACUAGCAGAUCGAGGUUUUACGGUUCAUGAUGUAGUUGAAGCUAAGCAAGCACAUUUAAAUAUUCCUCCAUUUUUGAAUGGAAGAGACCGUUUAACUGCUCAAGAGGAGAUUUUGACGAAGAAGAUAGCAAAACAACGAAUAUAUGUUGAACAUGUUAUUGGGCGCAUAAAAAAAUUCAGACUUCUUUCCACCGUUCUACCUUUAAAUAUGCGUCCUAUCAUGUCACAAAUUAUAUUUAUUUGUGCAUGCUUGGUCAACUUUCAAGCACCUAUAGUUUUCGACGAAUUAAAUUAAGACCAGAGUGUUGUAGGAAAUAAAAAAACUGAAAGUCAAAAUAAUUGUAAUAUAUAUUAAAAUUUCAAAACACAUAACACUUGUAAUGUUACAAUAUACUAUUUAUAUUUUUAUAUUUUUUGUAAA